AUGGUUGAAUGGACUGAUGCACAAAUUUACAUAUUAAUUAAUAAGAAAAAAGACAGAAAUACUGAAUACUAUAAUAUCAUUUCUCGUAACCGCAUCGGAUUUUGGGAGAGUAUUGCGAAAAAAAUUAACCAACAAUAUAAUACAAAUUUCAAUGGAUAUCAGUACAAAGAUAAGUUCAUGAAUCUUGUAAGAGAUUUCCAUAUAUUUUUUAUUAGCUGGUGUGUGACUUUAUGGUUGGAAAUAGUAAGAAGAAAAGAAGUAGGACUGGUAAGCAUUAUUUCAAUGAAUUUUGUACAUGCUUUUGGGAAAGACUGGUUAUUCUAUUUGAUCAGAUCAGGAACACAAACUUAUCAAUACAAAAAGGUUUCUUUUAAUAGGCAAAGAAGUUGGGAACAGUCCUCAGUUAAUAAUGCUAAUGGUGUUAAUGAUGCUAACAGUGUUAAUAAUGCUAACAGUAUUAAUAAUGCUAAUGGUGUCAAUAAUGCUAAUGGUGUUAAUAAUACUAAUGCCAAUAGUGUUAGCCAUGCUAGUCUGAGUGGAGAGAAUUAG